UCUUUGAUUUGUUGAUUGACAAGUGAACUGUCAUUCACAUUCGCAAUAUGGCCGAGAGUUGUAUCUAAAUACGGAACAUAAUAAUUGUGCGCGAAUAUAUAAUUUCCCAUGCAAAUGAUACUUUGUUUAUUUUAAUGACUUAGUGAGUGAAGUGUCGCGGUAUGUUUCCCUUAACUCCACCGGUCGUGAAACGGCUGUUAGGGUGGAAAAAGGGCCCCGAGGGUUCAUCUGCUGCCGAAGAUAAAUGGUCUGAGAAGGCAGUGAAGAGUUUAGUUAAGAAAUUAAAGAAAAGCGGAGCUCUCGAAGAAUUGGAAAAGGCGAUAUCAAGCCAAAAUAGUCAUACGAAAUGCGUAACUAUUCCCAGAGUGAAACCUAAUGAGAACGUGAUAAACGGACAGUACCGCAAAGGAUUGCCGCAUGUUGUUUACUGCAGGCUGUGGCGUUGGCCGCAGCUACAGAGCCAGCAUGAGCUAAAGCCAGUGGAUCACUGUGAAUACGCUUACCAGUUGAAGAAAGACGAGGUCUGCAUCAACCCUUAUCAUUACAAUAAAAUUGAUUCACCCGCAUUGCCCCCGAUCCUAGUGCCCCGGCACGGAGACAGCGAGGUCCGCGCGCCGCCGCCCUACACGGACUAUCACCAGCCGCAUCACGAACACACUGACACUGUGAUGCAGAGCGGCGGCGUGGUGGGCGUGGGCGCUCACAGCGCCAUGUACCUGGAGGCCACGCUCGCGCAGCAGGUGCCGGGCAACACCACCGUGCAUGUGAGCUCAUCAACGGUGGAGACACCUCCUCCGGGCUACAUCAGCGAGGACGGAGACCCGAUGGACCAUAACGACAACAUGAACUUAACCCGUCUAACCCCAUCCCCGCCUGGCCUAACAGCCGAGGCAGCCCCAGUCCUGUACCACGAGCCAGCGUUCUGGUGCAGCAUCAGCUACUACGAGCUCAACACGCGCGUGGGCGAGACCUUCCAUGCCUCGCAGCCCUCCAUCACCGUGGACGGCUUCACCGACCCCAGCAACAGCGAGAGGUUCUGCCUAGGCCUGUUGUCUAACGUGAAUCGUAACGAGGUGGUGGAACAAACUCGCAGACACAUCGGCAAAGGAGUCAGACUGUAUUAUAUUGGCGGCGAAGUAUUCGCGGAAUGCCUGAGCGACUCGUCGAUAUUCGUGCAGAGCCCCAACUGCAACCAGCGCUACGGCUGGCAUCCCGCCACCGUCUGCAAGAUACCACCAGGCUGCAACCUGAAAAUCUUCAACAACCAGGAGUUCGCAGCGCUGCUGUCGCAGUCGGUGUCGCAGGGCUUCGAGGCGGUGUUCCAGCUCACGCGCAUGUGUACCAUACGCAUGAGCUUCGUCAAGGGAUGGGGGGCUGAGUACAGACGUCAAACAGUGACAUCGACGCCGUGCUGGAUCGAGCUGCACCUGAACGGUCCGCUGCAGUGGCUCGACCGCGUGCUCACGCAGAUGGGCUCGCCCCGCCUGCCCUGCUCCUCCAUGUCCUAGACCCUCCACAGAGUAAAGAGAAAGAAGUUAUACUCACACACAAUGUACAGAGUUAGCUCAAAACAAUGAAUACCUCCUUUUUGAGUCGUAGGCUUAACGUGAAGGGACAUAAGUAUUCAUAGAUUUAGCUUUUACUUGCAAAAUAUAAAGUAUAUGUGUCACAUUCUAGAAAACCACACAUAAAAUAUUAUUACCACCAAAAAACAAUAAUAACGCUAUAAAAUUCAGCGAAUAUAUUUUACGAGCUGAUAUAUCACAGACAAAAAUAUUCAAAAAAUAUAUUAUUGUAAAUGGCUAAAAAGAUUCCCUAUAAAAAAUAUUAAAAUUGUAAUACAUAUUUCCAUUAAAAUAUGGGUAAACUAAGUCUUUAACAAAUCUAUGAAUAUUUGUGUAGUCUUCGCACGCAAUAUUUGAUAAUAAACAAUACAUAUAAAAUAUAAAUGUUUUAAUAAAAUUAGAGUUUACUGUGCAAAGAGUAUUAUUUUUUCUCUUAGAAAAUAAAAACCUUGUUGAAGUUUUUCCACUCGCUAAAUAGCGCAGUUGCGCAAAAUUUUGCGCUACAUACAUAAUGGUGAAAUAAAAUUUUAUUAACUUUUCAAUCACUUUGGAGUCACUUUGCGCUAAAUAGCGCAGUUUGCGCAAACUUUUGCGCUUGCUAUUUUGAAGGAAAAGAAUUAAUACUUUUUGCACGGAACCAAUAUGUAAAUCAAGUCUGUGAUUAAUUAUUGCGUAUUGUUGGCGAAAUCACAAAUAAAUACAAACAUUCAACCUCCUCCUUUUUGGGAAGUCGGUUUAAAAUAAACAGCUAUGUCAAAAUGUAUGAAAAAGUGAAAAAAUCUCUCGAUGCAUACGGAAUUGAUGAUUGUACCCUCCCUUUUUCUAAGUCGGUUAAAUAUUUAAAAAUACGAUUUCGUCAAUAAUAUGCAAAAAUAUAUGAAACAGCGUCACUUUUUGUACGUGUUUAAGGAAACGAAAUUAUUUUUAUUUGUUAUUGUACAUGUAAGAAUUAAAAAUGUGAAUCAAUAUGCAAUAUUUUUAAGUCGACGUUAUGUACAGUAUAUAAAUGAUAAUAAUCAUUUUGAUAGGAGACUACUUCCUAAUUCUGCAGGUCAGAACUAAAUCUAAAUAUACCUCGUUGCGAGGGAAAUACUUCCCGCAUAUGGAUAUAAAAUAGGCUAUAUGAAUUCUGAUAAAUAAGCUAUUUUACUGUCAAGUUUCAUCAAUAUACAUUCAAUAGUUUUUGCGUACAAGAGUCACAAACAUACAUUCUUUCAAACUUUAUAAUAUGUGUAUUAAAAUUCAUAAUUAAACACUCUUCUUGCUAUGUCGACCGACAUACUUUACAAUUUGUCAUAAGAAAGGAUUUUUUAGAAAGUUGUACCUACGUGGGUGAAGCCACAGCUAAACAUAAGUAUCAUUAAUAUAUUGUACAUAAUGUUUUCAAGAACAAUUUACUCUUAAAAAAAGCAACAAAAUAAUUACACUAUUGACAUAAUUUCGCCAUCGCAUCGUGCAUUUAUCAAUUUUAUUAUAUUAUUAGCACGGAGAAGCGAAAGAUAAGCGGAGAUACCAUAACGCAGGUAGGUCAAGCACCUUCUAGGUCAUAACGAUCAAUUACGAGUGAACUAACGAGGCGUUCGGGUCCCUUGACACAUCUGUCGAAGAUUUUUGGUUUUACAAAAAAUGGGCGGGUUCCAAAGAAGGCGGGGCUUAACGUUCCUCGUCCCCCGAACACCCGCAUGUUGUCGACGCUAAUUUCUAAAGCCGGGUUUUCACAGUAAGAGUUGGCUCAGAUCGAGUGCACUCGUACGAGUCAGCUUCGUACAAGUGUCCACGGAUAGUGGUUUAAUUUAAUUAAUUAAUAAUUUAUAUUAUUCUAUUCUAUUCUAAUUGUCGCCAUAUUGUUGUUUCAUAAAAAUGAUCCACAGAGUACAUUGAAAUGAUCCGAGUAAGCUCGAAAAAUAGAGCAGAGUCCGAGUCUACUCGGAUUAGACGUUGGCGUCCGAGUGCGCUCAGAUUACGUGUUUACAUGAUACGAGUAGCAUCCGAGAAGACAUCCGAGCGCACUCGGUCCGAGCCAACUCUUACUGUGAAAACCCGGCUUUAGGAGAUUUUCCGUUAUGAUAUCUCCGCUAGUCACUUCAUUCUCCUUGAUUUUAUUAAAAAACCAAUGUGUAUUGUAUACAUAGUUGUUUUUUUUAUUAUUAUUAAUAUUAAACGUCAACUAUAGUUGUGUGGUUUAUGAUAGUAAACUUUUAUGUUUUGUGGGAAUAAAGUUCGAGUCUUGGACGGUGAAAAAAUUGCGAUCUCUAAAGCAUUUUGACUAUGGUUUUUGACGGAAAAAGUUUGGUGUAUAUUGUCUACGGUGAUACGAAGAAUUACCAUAAAUAAAGAGUAUUACAAAAGAAAAGCUUUUCACUAUGGUUUUCGAUCGAAAAAGUUUGGUGUUGUAUAUUGUCUAUGGUUGUAAGAAACUUACCAUAAAUACAGAGUAUUUUGGAAACAGUUAGAAUUUCACACAAAACAUACGAGUGAGUAAAGAAAAAUGUAAAUAUAUCUACGUUUUUGAUUUAAUGUUUUUUAAUUAUUAUUUUCUAUGGAUUACUGUGUAACCUUAGUUGUAAUCGAACGGUUAUUUAUAUCUAAAGAUUUGUACUGUCAUUGCGAUGCAUUGCUUGAAAAGUUGAAUUUUAUUUUAAACAUACUUUCACAGAUUUUCAUAUCGAUAAAAUAAUCUUACAUCUGUUCAAUAGUAUUAUUACUUAAAGAGUUAUCAAGUUAGACUAAAGCAUUUGGUUGUAAAUUUUUUAGAUUUUUCAAUAAUCAUCAUCAUCAUCUCAGGCAUAGGACGUCCACUGCUGAACCUAUGCCUCCCCCUUAGAUCUGCACAGAUACCUGUUGGAGGCGACCUGCAUCCAGCGUCUGCCGGCGACCUUUAUAAGGUCGUCUGGCCACCUUGUUGGUGGACGUCCCUUGACCAUAUUACUUUUUUAAAUUAGUGAAAACAUAUUGUAAUAGGCAAUGCAUCUAAAUGAAAUGCGACAGGGGUUUCGCGAUUAAACCCUGCCACGUAGCGAGUAAUUGGCACAUUAUAUUAUAUAUUUACUUAUUACUUAUUGACUUGAAAAUCUAAAAAAAAAAAGCUAAAAGAGAGGUUAUUUUGGACAAGUUUUAAGACGUAUAUGCGACAAAAUUGGUAAGUAUAUUUGCCAAAUAUAUUGUACAAACAGAAAUUGAACAUCUUUGGCAGUCGUUACUAGUAGUCAGAAGCCAGUAAGUCUGCCACAGUCUGACCAAGGGGUAUUGGGUUGCCCGGGUAACUGGGUCGAGGAGGUCAGAUAGGCAGUCGCUCCUUGUAAAGCACUGGUACUCAGCUGCAUCCGGUUAGACUGGAAGCCGACCUCAACAUAGUUGGGAAAAGGCGUUCAACGUAUUAAGGCGUAGAAGUCAUUGAGAUACUUAUAUUUGAAAAUCUAUUUGUUUCAUAAAUUGCAUGUAUACUUAUCAAUUUUGUCAUUUAUACUGAGAGAAAAGGUAUUUUUAAUAGAUGGAUAGGGAUGUCUGAAAAACGGUGGCUUUGAAUUUUCUUUGAAAAAAUAUUUAUUGAUGGAUAAAAAAGCAGCUACAAGAACAAAAAGUGAUUAUUUUAAUAUUUUUUAAAAUAAAAUUUCAAAGCCACCAUGUUUUUCAUAAAUGUAGUGAGAAUGUAUUAUCAUUUUAAAAUUAUUAUUGUUUUUUAUGGAAAUCAUGUGAAAUCUUUAUUUAUUCUACCAAUUUGUUAUAUUAGUAUUGUUUGCUAAGCACAAUCAAAUCGACAUUUUGAAAUAAUAUAUUACCCUUUAUAUAAGGUGACCGGUAAUUAGUGAUCACAUGGUCACCCAUUCACGGACCGACCACGCCAAGCGUUGCUUAACCUGAUGAUCGAUCGGCUUUGACUUGCUCAUGAACUCUUGAGAUUAAAAAGUAAUGAGUAUAGAAAAAACUUACUUUAGGUAAGUUGUUUGAAAUCAUGUUUAGAAUCACGUAUUCAAGUAUCAGUCAUUAAUUACCAGUCAUCCUAUACAAUUUAGUCUUCCAAACUAUUUGAUUUUAGUUAUGUAUUGUUAAGAAAACAGUUUCAAUACGGCAAAAAAAUGAUUUUAAUCCAUUACGCACCAAUAUCCACUAAAUAUAAAUUUUAACAUAAUUCUGUCUCAUUUUAUUAGACAGAGAUAGAAAUAUGUUUAAUUACUAUUUAGCGGGAAUUUUUUGAACUGGUGUUGCAAGCUUUAAAAAAAUAUUUUCUUCUAUGUUAUUUGUUUUUAAAAUACAUUCUCUGUGUAACGGUUAAUAUCGUGGUUCGGUGCUAGAUUGAUUGGUUAGAGGGUAGAAGUGAGAUCGCUUCUAGUGACAGAUUUACAUACAAAAUGUAAGAUUUUUUAUAUGUAUCACAACACUUUGGAUUUGUUGGGUAAAGUAGGUUCAACCUAGUGAGGAAAUGUUAAAAGGGGAAACGUUAAAAAGAAAGAUCCGAUUAUAAAUAAAACAUUCGAAUUGAGAACCUUCUUUUCGAGAAGUCGGUUAAAAAUAGUUUGAACCCAAUUGUUAUUGUAAGAAAGUACAAUUUAUCAUUUUGUUUUUAUAUAUCAAUGACGACGAAAAAAACGUGUUAAUUUGUUUAAAAUACUUUAAUUAUUAUUAUUAAUUUGUGACUAGGCGUACGAUCAACGGUUUUUUUUAUUAUUAUUAUUUUGUCAUGAAAAUAAUGAAUUUAAUAGGCAAUUAGGAGAUUGUUGGUUUUUCAACUGAUUUGCUUGUUGCGUUGUAAGUUAAUUAUUGAUAAACAUUGUGGUAAUAUUUUGCAGUUUUUCAUCAUCUUUUACUAAAAAUUCGUCAGUGGUUAAAAUGUGAUAGAAUGGCGUUUGAAAAACUUGUUUGACACACAGAGCAGCUAAAAUUAGAGUGAGAAAAAUAAUAUACUAGGUGAGAAAUACUGCAAAAUAUUGUCUCAUGUAUGCAGCGUUAAUAUAUUUAUAAAUACCGGCUCUUUUUAUUAUUAUUGUAGAUGAUUUUGGUGUCUGUUUAUGAAAUAAACAAUAAUAAAUACAUAGAUUUUCCUCUUAUAUAUUUUCAAAGAAAUAUGUCAUUCUAUGUAGUAUCAUAAGUACAAGAUAUUACAUUUUGCUAUUUUUUUAACGGUUAAAAUUAAAGAUUAUUUAAAAUUCUACCAAUUUGGUAGUUAUUUUUGUGUGCUGGUAACCUUACUUUUUCAUAGCCACAUUUUAAUAAUAUGUAUUUUGUUAGUUUAUUUGAUAAACAGACACCAAAAUAGUAUAUUUAGUAAUAAGUUUACGUUAUCAAUAGUGUAAGUUGUACCAUAUUUAUGUUUUACUGGCUUCCAAACUUUAUUUGCGGCGGUCUCACUGCGUGGGAUGUGUUAGGAAUAUUAUAUGAAAAUAACUACCAAUAAACGUGUGGUUUUU